UGUGCAUGGUGUAAACAAAAAAAAAUAGCCACCAAAAUGAAUCCGCUAACAAAUAUGCGAAAUGUCUUAAAAUUGAGCGAACUUGAGCUGAAAACUCCAAGUGCCAAGAGCUGGCAUGAUAUGUACAGAGAUUCUGCAUGGAUAUUCGUUGCCGGCUUCCCCUACACACUCUCCGAGGGCGACCUCGUCUGUGUGUUUUCCCAAUACGGCGAAGUUGUCAACAUUAAUUUGGUGCGCGACGGAAAAACGGGCAAAUCGAAAGGAUUCUGUUUCCUCUGCUACGAGGAUCAGCGCUCCACAGUGCUGGCUGUGGACAAUUUAAAUGGCAUUAAAAUCAUGGAACGCACUCUGCGUGUCGAUCACGUGCUCGACUACAAACCGCCCAAGGACAACGAAAAACUGGACGAGGAAACCUUACGGCUCUACAUGGAAGGAUGUGCGCCGAAGCCUGUGAGCAAAUUGCCCAUUGUUGAGCCUCGAAAGGAGCCCAGCUCCGACAGCAUCAUAAAGGAACGCACGAAGCGCAGCAAAAGUUCCAAAGAGAAGAAGCACAAAAAAAGACGCAGCAGCUCCGAUUAAAUUUAGAACUACAAAUAGUUAAAUUACGUAAUUAAAAUAAUAAAAAGGUGUUUAGAGAUUUUAUACAAAUUGAUGUAAAAAUGUACUUUAGUCAGUAAUCAAACGAAAUGCUUAGAAUCAUGAUGUAUUUAUAUGAAUCGAAUUAAAGUAAUCACGAUUUUUAAGAUUUCUGCAAGAAAUCAAAACAAUUUGAGAAACGCUUCAAGUUUAAAAGACUCACAAUAAUGAAUAUGUAAAUAUAUUUUGAAUUUGGAUUUGAA